AGUGGCUGAUGCCCAAAUUUCUGCAGAGGCGCGGAAAAACCAGUGUGCGAGGAGCGGAGUGCUGUCAGAGCUGCUGAGAGCUUCGACAAGGAGGGAGGCGAGCUGGAGUUUCCGAGGUGAUAUAGAAACAGCAAGCUCCCCCCAGGUUCAGAGGGAUAAAAGAACAGAGCCCAAAACAUAGUCUGCGUAAAAGCCGAGGACGCUGCGUUAUCAAACGGAGGGCAGAGACGAGGAGAGUCGAUCCGCCGAGUCCAAGUUACCCUGCGCUUCGCUCCAAAGGCUGCGCUGAUGGCAUCCGUACUUGGAAACAACAGCCGCGCGUCGGGGGCUCAGAGCGGACAGGUCAAAUGCAAGCUGAAGAGGAGAAGGAGGAGGCGAUCGAAGAGAAAAGAAAAAGUCAGUAUGCUGUCAUCAUUGAUCGCUCCCUUCAAGUACAUAAGCCCUGGGACCAGCAGCACAGAGGACGAGGACAGUUUAAGUACCAGCAGUGCCGAGGUGAAGGAGAACCGCAAUAUUGGUAACCUGGAGGAUCGCUCCAUAGGAUCGGCAGAGUGCCAGUCCAUUUUCUGCUCCGACUCAGCGAGAAGUGGGAGCUCCGGUCUGAAGAGGAAACGGCCGCUGGAGGAGGACAACAACGGACACUUGUGUCAACUCCGCCUCAUCUACAAGAAACUUUCCUGGUCUGAAGCACCGAAAAAUGCUUUGGUGCAGCUCAAUGAGCUGAAGCCGGGCCUACAGUACCGCAUGGUGUCUCAGACCGGCCCGGUCCAUGCUCCCGUCUUCUCCAUCGCUGUGGAGGUGAACGGGCUGACUUUCGAAGGCACGGGCCCCACAAAGAAGAAAGCUAAGAUGAGGGCUGCAGAGCUGGCCCUCAAGUCCUUCAUCCAGUUUCCUAACGCUCCUCAGGCCCACCUGGCCAUGGGAAACAUUUCAAACCCUUCGGCUGACUUCACCUCAGAUCAGGCAGACUUCCCUGAGACACUCUUCAAGGAAUUUGAGUCUUCUGCGUGCUCCGACGGCCUCUCGUUCUGCAACUCGGCAGCAGAGAGCGAGCUUCUAUCAAGUGAGCUACUGAGACAUGGACGGUUGCUCCGACACACCUUGGACCUGAUGGUGCAGGCUCAGCAGAGGCUUGGUGGGAUUGUUCCAGAGCAAGAGGCUCCUAAGAGCCCCGUAGCCAUGCUCAACGAGCUCCGGCCGGGCCUGCGCUACGCCUGCCUCUCUGAGCGGGCCGAAGGCAAGCGGCUGCGUAGCUUUGUGAUGGCUGUGCGUGUGGAUGGGCGGAUUUUCGAGGGCUGUGGGCGCAGCAAGAAGAUGGCCAAGACCCAGGCGGCCCAGUGUGCUCUUCAGGCCCUCUUCAACAUCAGGACGGCCCCUGAGGGGACGACAGGCCUCAAAGCCAGCAGAAAGAGCUGCCCUCAUUUACCCCAGGACUUUGCCGAUUCAAUAUUCCACUUGGUGAGGGAGAAGUAUCGGUCCCUGGUGGGCGGCUGCAGUCCUGCGCACGCUCGCCACAAAUCCCUGGCAGGCAUCGUAAUGACCCGAGGUCUGGACCUGAGGCACGCCCAGGUGGUGGCGUUAUCCACGGGCACCAAGUGUAUCAACGGGGAAUAUCUGAGCGACCAGGGACAGGUGGUCAACGACUGUCACGCUGAGGUCACGGCCCGCAGAGCCCUGCUACGCUUCCUCUACUCUCAACUUGAACUCUUUUUAAGUAAAAGACCAGAAGACUGGGAGGAGUCGAUAUUUGUGCGACACAAGGAGUGUGGCUACAGGUUGAGAGACAACAUCCAUUUCCACAUGUACAUCAGCACGUCGCCGUGUGGGGACGGGAGGCUCAACUCGCCCUAUGAAAUCACCUCUGACCUUCACAGCAGCAGACACCUCCUGAGAAAACAUCGCAGCCACCUGCGGACCAAAAUCGAGUCAGGAGAGGGGACGGUGCCGGUGCGAGGUCGGGGGCCCGUCCAAACGUGGGACGGGGUCUUACAGGGCGAGCAGCUCAUCACCAUGUCUUGCACCGACAAGAUCACCAGAUGGAACAUCCUGGGCCUGCAGGGGGCGCUGCUGAGCCACUUUGUGGAGCCGGUGUACCUGCACAGCGUGACCGUCGGCAGCCUGCGGCACACUGGCCAUCUGGGCCGUGUUCUGAACCAGCGGCAGGAGCGCUUUGGCCCCCUGCCCGCCACGCACAGACGCAACCAGCCCCUGCUCAGCGGGCUGAGCAGUGCCGAGUACCAGCAGCCGGGGAAGGCCUCCUGUGUGAGUGUCAACUGGACGCUGGGCGAUGUUCAGCUGGAGGCGGUCAACACAUCCACAGGGCGGAGGCGGGACGCAGGGACUCCCUCACGUCUCUGCAAGCACACCCUGUUCACCCGCUGGAACAGACUCUACCGCAAGGUGAGGGCAAAGGUCAGGGGCUCAGCUACAUCUACGAGGGGACAGUUAAUAAGGUAGAAAGAAGGUGUGCUUCAAUCCACCUCCACAUCCAUUUAAAUUAUGAGCAUAAAGAAAUCUCAAUAGAAUUGCAGAAAGUUUGAGGGGAAAAAAAGUGAAUAUCGCGAAGAAGUUUUGAAAUAUGGCUGGAGUGGAAAAGUUGGUCUGACAAUAAAAACAAAUUGCAAUGGAAACAGAAAUAGUGCACUACAUUAUACCAUCAUGUUAGACUUAAAGUAAUAAAUAACCCAACCUACUGCUUUUCCGAGUCGAUGGGAACAACCUUUUUCUUUCCACAUUUCUUUUUAAAUCUGUUAAUGUGCAUUUCAUUUUGAUACAAACCUAUCUAGAAGGGUUGCUAAAAGGUCAUUACAAGAGUUGCUACCCUUUUCCCAACUACAAGGGAUGCAACAACAAAUGACAUGGGAAUUUACAUUUUUACCUAUUCACCUUAUAGGCUUUUCAUUUGGAUUUUUGCGUUAUAGUAUAAAAGCACAGGUAUAACAUUGAUGAUAGCUCUGUUCUGUUUAAGCAUAGCAACAGACACAAUACAAAGCGACCCUCUAGAACACAGCCAUUAUUACAAUUAUGAAUUAUACUGUUUUGCUUAGUAUGACACAAGGAAAUAUCUGUCCUAUUCAUUUAAAUGUUAAUUAAAAACCUCCUUCCACAGUGUA